CGGUCAGAGUGACUUUUACCCGCAGGUGUUGAGAUAAUGUGGCAGAGUUCGGCCGCUGCCGGCCGGCUGCUGCUGUGCAGCGGCCGCUCCUGGCUGCAGCUCCGCGGCUACAGCUCCACCGUCAUCUCCGGGAAAACCGUCGAGGACGGCGUUCUCUCUUCGUUCAGGUCAAUAUGUGGCGAGGACGGCGUCUCGCUGGGCCAAGCCGUCCGAGAACAACACGGCAAAGACGAGUCUGUACACAGAUGUUGCCCUCCAGAUGUGGUGGUGUUUCCCCGCUGUGUGGAGGAGGUCAGCGCGCUGGCCAGAGUCUGCCACAGCCACCGGCUUCCCAUCAUUCCCUUCGGCACCGGGACGGGACUGGAAGGAGGCGUCGGAGCGGUGAAGGGAGGAGUGUGCUUCAGUUUGAGGAAAAUGGACGCGGUCCUGGACCUGCACCCGGAGGACUUCGAUGUGACGGUGGAGCCCGGUGUGACCCGGAAGGCCCUCAAUGCCUACCUGAGAGACACCGGCCUCUGGUUCCCUGUAGAUCCCGGGGCGGACGCCUCUCUGUGUGGCAUGGCAGCCACCAGCGCCUCGGGAACCAACGCGGUGCGAUACGGGACGAUGAGGGAGAACGUCCUGAACCUGGAGGUGGUGCUGGCUGACGGCAGCGUCCUGCACACGGCUGGGAAAGGCCGACGGCCCCGGAAGACGGCGGCCGGUUACAACCUCACUAACCUGCUGGUGGGCUCGGAGGGAACGCUGGGGAUCAUCACCAAGACGACGUUGCGUCUGUACGGCGUCCCCGAGGCCACGGCGUCGGCGGUCUGCUCCUUCCCCUCCGUCCAGGCGGCGGUCGACAGCACGGUGCAGGUCCUGCAGGCCGGAGUCCCCAUCGCUCGCAUCGAGUUCCUGGACGACGUGAUGAUCGACGCGUGCAACAGGUUCAGUUCGCUGAACUACCCCGUCACCCCGACUCUCUUCCUGGAGUUCCACGGCUCGGAGCGAAGCCUCGAGGAACAAGUCAGCACGACCGAAGAAAUCACUCAGAGUAACGGAGGGGCCGACUUCCAGUGGGCUCGAGACGCAGAGACUCGGAGCCGGCUGUGGAAAGCUCGACACGACGCCUGGUACGCUUCUCUGGCUCUCAGACCGGGCUGCAAGGCCUAUGCUACAGAUGUGUGUGUGCCUCUGUCUCGACUGCCUCAGAUUAUUGUGGAGACAAAGGAGGACCUGAUUGAAAACAGACUGACAGGUCCCAUCGCCGGCCACGUGGGCGACGGGAACUUCCACUGUGUGAUGGUGGUGAAUCCAGACGACCCAGACGAGCUGCACAGAGUCCACCUGUUCACCCAGCGACUGGCCAGGCGAGCGCUGGCCAUGGACGGCACGUGCACGGGGGAGCACGGCGUGGGGUUAGGGAAACGAUCCCUGCUGUGUGAAGAAAUGGGAGAUCCGGCCAUGCGGGCCAUGCAGAGCGUGAAGGAAGCCCUGGACCCCCUGAACCUGAUGAACCCCGGGAAGGUCCUGCAGCCGGGAGGGCCGGGCGACGCUCAGCAGCUCUUCCUUCACCUCGAUUAAAAACCUUCGGUUCAGUCAGAAGCAGCAGCGCUUUGCUUUGUGAAGUUUGUGGUAGAAGACUCAGACCCUGUUUCUAUGACAACGCUGCGUUCAUUUCAGGAAAGUUUUGUGUUCAUAAAGGUUCAUAAACGUGGCCUUCAGAAAGCAGCAGAAGAACGAGAGAUAAAGGCACGAUUGCAUGGCUCUUCUGAAACACUGCCACUUUGCAUGCAGAACACGGUGUAGGAAAUAGUUCUUCUGCAGUGGUGUGCUUUCAUUUAAAAAAAAAAAAAGAAAAAAAAAAAGACCAACAGCACCCACAAGUGGC